UUCUCCAAUGCUUUGACAUCUGGAAUGUGCUGUUUUCUUGCAAGCGUUGUUUCCAUGCCAGCAUGGGAACUGCAGUGUCCAAAAGGAAGAAUCUGAGAAAUGAUGCGAUUUCUUCGGUGGCAGCCAAAGUUAGAGCAGCUCGUGCGUUUGGAGAGUAUCUUCACACCCAUCCUGAGAACUGCAACGGAUCAGAUCACCUACUGUCUGACACCCUCGUUGGCCAAGACACUGACCCCCCAGACAGCCUGUGCACUCAGAACAACAACUUCCAUAGCUGCAUCCUCCAGGGCGACCCCAGCUUGAUCAAUCCUGCCCUGGGCCUUCUAGAACCUCCACCUCCGGCAACUUCCUCCAAGAGCCGGCUGUCCCUAGAGCGCAGCUUUUCAGCAGAGGAGGACCAGCAGAAGUGCGUGGAGUGUUCCCUGCAGCCUGCUCGGGUCUACACCAUCACCGGAGAGAGCGGCAUGCUGGGAACCAGCAGGGGAAGCAAGGAGAACCUGGAGCUCGAGGUCUUGAAAGGGGCGCAGGAGGCAUGUCUUGCCCAAACGCUCGCCCAGCCUUCUACAUCCUCCAACUCGUCUUCUCCUACCCAGCACCACCACCGCCACCAUGGAAGUGGAAGCGGAAGUAGAUCUGGAAACCAGCAACACAGCAACCACCAUCACAGCAACACCAGCGCAGGUGGAAGCAGCGGAACCAGUGGCGGAACUGGUGGAACAAACCCCCACCAGCACAUCUCCAGUGGGGGAACGUCGCACCAUCACCACCACCUUUCACAGCCUCUGCAGAGCUCGGUCAGCGCACACAACAUCCAUGGCUGGGGGGAGGGAAAGGACUGCAGCCUGGUGUGCGAGGCCUGUCCCGGGGCUCCCUCGCGUAGUCAGGGCUCCCUUGACCUGGAAAGCAGCACCCGAGAGGCAGGCAAGCAGCACCGGCCACCACUAGAGCGGAUGUGCAGUGUGGACCGCAUGACUGGGCUGGAGCGAGAAGAUAACAGUUGGUUCCCUAAAGAGAGCAUGUUCAGCUUUCAGACUGCUACAACGACCAUGCAGGCGAUUUCGAAUUUCCGGAAGCAUUUGAGAAUGGUGGGAAGCAGAAGAAUGAAAGCACAAACAUUUGCAGAGCGCAGGGCGAAGAGUUUCAACCGAUCCUGGAGCGAUCCGACCCCUGUCAAACAAGACUCCUUAAACGACUCAAAAGACAGUGGGGAUGUGCAGACGACCUGCGGUCCUCUGGAGGAAAGCGGAUGUGCUGAAGACAUGGACUGGGAGGAGGAGAGAGAGAUGGAGAGACUAGCAUGUGAGGGGGAUGACUUCAUCCCUCCCAAAAUUAUGCUGAUCUCAUCUAAAGUUCCUAAAGCAGAAUAUGUUCCCAACAUCAUUCGAAGGGAUGAUCCAUCUGUUAUACCCAUACUCUAUGAUCAUGAGCAUGCCACGUUUGAUGAUAUUUUGGAGGAGAUUGAGAAGAGACUGACAGCCUACAGGAGGGGCUGUAAGAUCUGGCGCAUGUUGAUCUUCUGUCAGGGCGGCCCGGGGCACCUGUACCUGCUGAAGAAUAAAGUAGCCACUUUUGCCAAGGUCGAGAAAGAGGAAGACAUGAGCCAGUUUUGGAAACGUCUGAGCCGGUUUAUGAGCAAAGUGAAUCCAGAGCCCAACCUCAUCCACAUCAUGGGUUGCUAUGUCCUGGGCAAUCCGAAUGGAGAGAAGCUGUUCCAGAAACUGAAGAACCUGAUGAGGCCUUAUUCUGUCACGUUUGAGUCACCGCUGGAGCUCUCCGCUCAGGGCAAAGAGAUGAUUGAGAUGUACUUUGAUUUCCGUCUGUUUCGACUUUGGAAAACCCGGCAGCACUCAAAACUCCUGGACUAUGAAGAUCUCUUGUGACCCGUCGCGGGUCAGCGCAUAGCAUUCUGUGCAGGACAUCCCACUGUAAAACUCCACUCCACCAGCUUUCAUUUUGGAGCACAGGGGGAAGAGGAGUGGAGAUGGACACAGCCACUUCGCUGCCAUCGCUGCGCCUCAAGUUUUGUUUAUUUCAGCUCACCUCUGUGGACUUCGGCCACCUCAGAAUGGUAACACUCAACAAAACAAAACGUAUGGCAAAUGGUUCAAAACACAAGAGAAAUCCGGAUACGUGGUGUUUUUGUUCACUAG